GAGACUCAUGGCGGUGUAACGUACGCAUAUGCUUGGGCUACGCUGUUUGCCUCUUACUGUCGAUUGAAAGAGACUCACCGCCGACAACAAACGACUUCUUCCAAGGGGUCAGAAUGCUUCGCAGAUCAAGGAUAAGUGUCCGGCCCAAUGUCAGUGUGGCAGGGAGAACCGGGGCCCUGACAACGCCUCAGGAUGCCCCACCACAGAAUCAGGGGGCCAGUGACAUCCCGGCAGAAGGAAACGAGGAGCAUACCGCCACUGCUGAGACAAAAGAACCCACUGUGGAACCAUCAGGAGCAGCUGCAGGAGACACUAAUGAUGAAAAUGGUGAAGGCGUUAGCUCCUCAGCUGCAGUCCAGAGGAGAAAACGGUUCUCUGUCAAGCCCAAAGUGGCCCCACGCACCUGGACCUCUGUCCGGACACCAAAGUCUUCUGUCAAGGCAGCCUCGGAGGCCCAGGCCCCUGGUCCAGACCCUGAUAAGCCAACUACAUCCAGCCAGAAAGAGACUACAGUCGCUCAGGAACUUCAGUCCCAGGGUCGACAGAAGCCUUCUGGAGAGAGCAGACAGCCCAAGAUGCAGCCCACCCUCUCCUCCCCUCCCCCUCCAAGCCCCACAGCCGUCUCUCCAGCUGAGGACACGGCAGAAGAAGCCCCACUGCCGUCAGACAAAGGCAAAAAAUCAGAAAGCAGCCAAGCCAGAGAUGUUCCUCCCAAACCACCAGACAAAAUCCCCCCCUCUCUACCAGAGAAAGAGGCUUUAGAGAUAUCAGAGAGAGCUGAGACUCUAGUGUCCAGGUCCUCCAAGAGUGGAUCCCACCUGCCAGCACCCAGAAUGUCCUUGAGCAGACUCCUGAACGACCCAGUGGAUUUACAGAGGUUGGCAAAGGCCCGUAAGCUCAGGGAGCUGCUCAGGCAUGAGAUGGACAAAGAGAAGAAACUCAAGAAGGAUAAGGCACGUCAAAAGGAAUAUAUAUUAGACCCUGCCAAAAUGACCAUGAGAGACCUCAUCUAUUAUCUACCAAACUCCAACCCCAUGACGUCCUAUUUAGAAGACACAGGGCGGGAAAAUGAGACUGAAAUCCCUCCCUCUGUGGCCAGAGAGAAAUCACCCGAGCGAGCCCAGGAACCUGAGAUCCUCCCGGAGACAGCAAGCCAGACGAUGGAGGAUGAGGAGGAAGUGGAGGCAGAAGAAGAGAAGGAUCAGCCACUGAUGGCUCCUCGGGUGAAGGUGGCAGAGGACGGCUCACUGAUCAUCGAUGAGGAGAGCUUGACCGUGGAGGUCCAGCGAUCGGAAGGUGCAAACCCAGUGGAGGAAAGAGACACCGUCUUUGAGCGCGGCACCACUACAACUUACUCAAGCUUCAGGAAAGGGACCUACACCAAGCCUUGGUCUAGCGAAGAGACGGACAUGUUCUUCGUGGCCGUCAGCAUGGUGGGGACAGACUUCUCCAUGAUUUGCCAGCUGUUUCCGCACAGAGCUCGAUCAGAGAUCAAGAACAAGUUUAAAAAGGAGGAGCGAGAGAAUGCCUGGAGGAUUGAUAAGGCUUUCAAAGAGAGGCGGAAACUGGAUAUUGAGUAUUUUUCCAAGCUGCUAGAGAAGAUACUGGAAGUUCAGAACAGCAAGAGUAAGAAACCCAAGUCUCCCAGUGAGAAGAAGCCACCCACCAAAAAGCGCAACAGGAAGGCAAAGGAAAAGAAAGCUAAGAGAAAGCUGAGUGAUGUGGAAGAGGAGGAUGAAGAGGGUGCCACUCCUUAUUUGGAAGAAGUGGAGGGAGAGAAAGAGAAUGAGGACAUCUCUAAUGAGGGAGGGACCCCUGCUUCCACCCCUAAGAGGAAAUACAAAAGAAAAAAAGGAGAGGAGUCUUCACCUAACAAACCAAAUGACAAGAAGAUGGCAAGAGCUGAAAAGAACAAGGAACAAGGAGAGGCACACACACCUGAAGAUGUGGAGGCAGCACUGCCAGAGGAUCAGACAAAUCUGAACAUGUCUGAAGACACUGAACCCGCGAAAGCAACCAAGGGCACUACAAUCAAGCCAGCUCAGCUUUCACGAGGGAGAGCACCAAAGCCGCUCCUGCCACUAGGGCGGAAGUGGGGGAGAAAAUGUCAGGUACCCAACACAAAGCCCAACGUCGGUGCCACAGAUGCAGCGCAAGAGAGCUUGGGUGACGAGGCCUCGAAAGGAGAGGUUUGUAAAGAUGCAUCACCGUCAAGACCCGCAAAGGAGAGGAAGUUAGAGAAUGAUGACACUUCAUCUGAUGGUGAAGGAGACUCUGCUGUUAAACCUCUGAAACCUACCAGGUAUGGAAGAAUGCCCAAACCCAUUCAGCACUUGAAUUACCCUGCCAAGGAGGACACACACUCCAAAGCAUCUGAAACCACUUGUGGCUCUGCCUACCCAGAGGGGCCCAGCACCACUACUGCCAAGCCUAAACCCAAGUGCCAGGCAAAGAAGGCCAGAUCAUCAAAGGCCCAAGUAGCUCAAGAGCCCAAGAAAUCAAAACUGGUCACCCUCAGGGCUUCUCAGUCUGAAUACAGUGAUGAUGAGGAUGGAGACCAGACGGAGGCAAAUGAGAUGGAGGAAGAGCAGCAUCAUCCCUCGUGCUCCAGUAAGGACAGUAGUGCCCCUGUGUUUGUGCCUGUCAGCCUGCGCUCCCCGCAGCCUGUGGUGUCAGAGGUGGAAGAGACUAUGGAGGAGCUUGAUAUCUUGGUCAAUGUGCCUGAUGUGCUGGGCAUCUCCCAAGAUGCACUCUGUCCUGAUGCUUCAUGCAAGCAGGCACAAGAUGAGACAGGCACAGCUGGGCCCUGUGAGCAUCAGUUGGACCUGCUGGUUGAUGUUAUAGACUUCCUUUCUUCAGACCAGGGAGAAGGAACUGAGGAAGAGAGUUACAAUGAGGCUGCUCAGACCCUGUUGACCAUUGGCAACCUGGCACAUCUCUCUCAGCCAGCACAGAGUCAUACAUCUACACAAGAUCAUACAACAGGGACUGCUACAGCCAGUGGAAAUGAAACAUGCAGCCAAGACCCACAAGAAGACAUUGUAUCAAAGCCUGUUGCCCACGUACAGAACAGCACCGCUGUGACUGAAACUUCAGACUGUACAGUCACAGAAGCAACAGAGAUUGUUGAACAAGAGAAACCAGAAUGCAGCACAACACACGAAGACCCGUUAUCUCAGACUGAUGAUGUACAAAACAAUGCUACUAUGACUGUAACCUCAGACUGUAGAGUCACAGAACCAACACAGACUGUUGAAGAAGAAGAACGAGAAAGCAGCAUAACAGACCAAGACCCAUCAUCUCAGACUGGCGACAAACCCAUUAUUAAAGCCAGUGAUUCAACAUACAGCAAACAAGAGAUUGCUGCCAAUGUAGAAUGUGCCUCUCAAGCAGAGUUGAGCUCAGAUGUCUCAGAGCAAAAUUCCCAACAGACCCGGAGAAGACGCUUAUCCAAGGUGAAACCCAAACCCAACCUUGGCCGAGCCUCUGGAAUUGCACGGUCAAAAAAGGAGGCCAUGACGUCACCUGUUAGCACAGUUAAGGAGAGCCACACAGUUGCUCCAGAGCUUUCUGGAGUCACUCAGUCACUAUCAGUUGCUGAUGAAUCGACCUCAGAAAUAGCUGACUCUGGUACAGCAUCCUUAAUUUUUGACAGUGCCUCUGCUGAAUUCAUGGCAGAACCAUCUGUCACUCAGGAGAAGGCGGUUGAUGAAGAAUUUGCUCCUCAAGUAGAAUCUCACUCUACGAUAUCAGAUCAACAGUCUUUACAAAAUAAAACCAAAAUGAAACCUAAUUUGGGAAGGGACACCAGAAAUGCAAAGCCACAAUCAGUGAGUGCAGAUGAAAAACUGAAAUCACUUGUUGAAACAAGUGAAAGUAGUUGUAUUAAUCCAGGGACAUCGUACGCAGCUGUCAAAGAAGCACAAGUUAGUCCACGGUCAAACAUAGUAGAUCCUGUCCCAGUACAAGAGAGCAGUGAUCAUCCUGCUGCCACUAUUGCAGCCACAGAGGAGCUGUCUAAGAUUCAGCAAGAGGAGAGUGGAGAUGGAUCCACAUGUCAGACUAGGAUUACAACUAGGAGGCAAUUCUGUAAAGUCAAACCUAAACCAAACUUAAGAAAGACACCUAGAACUGUACAGUCAGAAUCACAACCCAAAGAAGAUAGUGUCACACAUUUCAAGCCUACAGAGAAUCCUUCAAGCCCAACUUGUAGCCCUAAGUCAACUGUGAACACAGUGGCACAGUUGGAGCCACAACCAGCUUGCAGCACUACCCCUCAUGCAGAACCACCGCUAAGCACUGGUCCUGCUUCAGAUUUAACACCAUCUCUGGGAAUAAACCAUCCUCAAAAACCCACAGAGGAAAUCUUCACUGGUGAGGAGACAAAGGCUGAAGUUGGACCUGCUUAUCAGGUAGACUCAAGCUCAGAGUGCUUAGAGCGGGAUGUAAGAAGGAGACGUUUUCCUAAGGUCAAACCCAAACCCAAUGUAGGACCCUCCACAAGAACUGCACAGUCAAAACAAGCCUAUAUAGGCAGAUCUUCAGAUACAAUCUCAAAAAAAACACCCAUGACAGAUAGUACCUCACAAGGUGAAGUGAAAACUACAGAAAAGGCCAGUGAGCAUUUGACAUCACCACAUUGUUUGUUGAACAGAGAACAUCUUAGCUCAAUAAGCUCUGGAGAACCAGGACCAGAAAGGUCAAUGGAGAACACUACUCCCCAGAGUAGGUCCCCUGAUGAUGUAGUCAUGAAAACAUCGGGGCUUACUCAAGAUCAAGUCCUAUUGACAGACUCUGUUCCUGAAACUCUGAGUAGUGAUGAAUCCACAAUUCAGGUGGAACCCCCAGGGAAGUGUGCCUCCAGUCAGGACAAGGUGGAAGCUGGAGCUUCUCCACAGAUGGGCUGCAACCUGAGAACGUCCACCCAAACUGCAGGCUCAAAUUACCAAACCAGAGAUGAUGCACCUGCAAUGUCAGAGUCCCAGUCCUCAGAAGAUGGCUCCACACCAUCAAAAGAUGCAUCUGAACAGACUACUAAUGCACAGUCCAAACCAGUGCCAACAGAAAACCCCCAGCAGCCAUGUUCAGAGAGCUCAGAUGUCGUCCGUGUGGAUGACUCAUUGUUUAAGGAUCAAGAUGUGUUCCAGAGGAACCUUUAUGAAAACACUGAAACUACUCAAACAGUCCAGGAUAAUUUCCAAGCUGCCCAGUGUGCUGGUGGUAGUGAGUCAGAGCCACUGGACUCUAACAAGUCCUUAGGAAAUGCUCUUCAGACUUGUAGAGCCACACCUCCCAAAUCGAACCUGGGAUGCAGCCAUCCGUGCCAGCACCCGCAGCCAGUACAGAACACAACGCACCUCCAACCAGAUUCCGGUACAUGUGUACAGGUUCUGCAGGACGCUGCUCCUCACAGACUUGACUCCAACGUCCAGGAACCAGCAGAGGGAGCUGAUGAUCUAAGCAAUGCUGUGUCUUUGGACUGUGUGACACACAUACCUAUAAAAUCCACCCAGGGUGCAGCUUCUUCCAGUACAAGCGGGACCCAAAGUUACCCAGACCUCACAACACAUCUAGAAGUCCUGUCGGAGCAAGCCCCUUCAGAUCCAGAGGAGCCGUUUUUCAUCCUCUCUCUGACUGAGAUUCCAUUUUUCCCAUCAGGGGAGGAGGUGGGCAGUGUAUCUGAGCCUCUCCCUUGUGUUUCAGUCUCAGAAGCACCAGCACAACCACAGAGCAGUGUUCUCGCUGCUUCUGGAGGAAGUUUGGCAGGCUCCUGUAGUGCUCCUGUGCCUGUUUCCAUGGAGGAGGGUGGACGGAGAGACUUCACUAGUGUAAUGCAUGUUGAGUCUGCUCUAACUACAUGCACAGAUUCAAUCACAAAGAAGCCAGUGGAUCAGCAUGGAACAGAUCCUGAAGUUCAGCCAUCCAAGUUACCAGAGACUGAUGAGAACAGUGAGAUUGAUGUUCCCUCUAAAAAGCGGAGACUCGACACAGGAAGAAGAGCCAAACUUCAGGUGAAGCCCAAUACAUCAAGGAAGAAACAAGCCCACAGGACUCUCACUGCCGAGGAAGCAGAAGUGAGUAAGCAAACAAACACCAUCCCAGAAUCAGACCUUCGCUGCCCGCCAGCACAAGCAGAAACACUUGAUGCAACAGCAAGAGCAGGAGAAGAGGCCCUGGCUGAACCACAGAAAGGAACCAGCGGUUGUCUGGAAACUGGAAAGGACACACCCAGUCGAGGUUGUGACACGGAGGAUCGUAGUCCAGAAGUACAAACCCAGGCUUCCCACCAGACCACACAGCCACCUGUGACCAGCACUCGUAAUAGAAAACCCAGAGGAUUCCUGUCCAUCCUCUCGGAAAGCACUGCUCCUUCAGGACAACCUCAGCGUGUUAAAACGGGCUCGCGGGCGCCUAAGGUCAAAACCUCAUGUACAGGAAGAAAACGAGCUGCCCCAGAGGCUGUAACCUCAACAGCGCUGCUGGAGGACUGUCACUCAACAGCUGCUACCCCAACAACAUCUGCACAAGCUGAAGAGGACAUCCCACAGAGCGCUGAGGGCCGGCUGUCAUGCCCAGACCCAGGGCCCAGCACCUCUCUCUGUGUAGCUCAGGCACCAGCUGCUCAGCAGUGUGACUCGGUGGAAAACACCUUUGCAGAAGAGGAGCCUACCUGUGUAACUCAGUACUUCUUAAGCAACAUUUUCACAGAAGUGGAUGAAGGAUGACGGCAUGAUAGAGAUGAUGAUGAAAAGGAACUUUUUAAGUUGGCAUUAGAUUAAAAAAUAUAUAUAUAUUUAUGUUGAAUUUACACAUACAUUAACAGCUAACACAUUUCAGGAACCUUUGAGAAUCCAACAGAAGGAAGCGGCAGCUCCCAAAAAGUGAAAUGGCAUUGUCCCUUCUGCUUCCAUUAAAACUGAGUUGUUAGACCCAUCGCAUAUAAAUAUUUGUAUUAUAUAUAUUAGUUUUAUAACUCACCACUGAAAAUAUUUUGUAAAUACUGUAUUACAGUAAAACAUUUGGUUUUCAAGGAAAAAAAGCUUGAAAUAAUGUACAGUCUGCCUGUUCACUCAGGGAAAGGUAUUGAAUUAUUUUUCCAACAGUUUCUCUCCUAGGUAAUUGUGCUAUUUUUUUUUUAAUCAUUCUAAAUAUUAAAUAUUAAAAUAUAAGGAGCAAACUUUAAUGUUUACGUUUCAUGGAAACCAGUGUCUUAUUGUGUACAUGCCAAGUUGUCUCAUGUAGAAAAUACCAUGCGCAGAAUUGCAGUUUGUAAAAGUAUCCCGACUUCUGCAAAUUCUGCAAAACUAAUAGCAUGAGGUAAUUACAACACGUAUUUGUUUCAUGAUCAUUUUGUGGUUAGAGCAACCUGGGUUGCAUUUUAUUUAUUUUGAAUUUUGUUUUUCUUUUUAAUUUAUUGUUUUAUUUGAUUUUGACAGUGCCAGUUGUAGCAUUUCAUUUAAAACUGAACCUUGUACACAUGCAGCGUUCACUUACAUGACUGUGGAUUACUUGAGAAAAGUACAUCACGUUACCUGAAGUGUUAUUUUAUCAGUUCAUUGAAUAUCGCAACACAAGGUUGUGUAAACCAUGCAAAUAAACUUUAAUUUCCUUCCACCACUG